UGUCUUCCACUAUCACCAUUUCGCUGAUACACUCUCCAUUUCCCCCAAAUUCUCAUCUCUCUCUCUCUCUCUCUCUCUCUCAGAGACACGCACGCUCAGCCAGCUCACAAUGUUGCGACAGGGUUCACGUUUCCUUCUCAGCCGAGCUUCCGCCACCUCGAUGAGGUGGAGCCGCCCUUUUUCCACCGAUCUACCGGCGGAGACCGCCGGGGACUCUAAGUUUAUCGACGCCUGGAAGAAAGUGAUGCCGAAUAUGGAUCCGCCGAAAACCCCCUCAGCCUACAUGGCUCCUCGCCCGCCAACACCGUCCACCAUCCCCUCGAAGCUGACCAUCAAUUUCGUUCUUCCGUACAAUUCCGUGUUGUCCAGCAAAGAGGUUGAUAUGGUCAUUGUACCAGCAACUACGGGACAAAUGGGUGUUUUGCCUGGUCAUGUACCAACAAUUGCUGAGCUAAAACCGGGGAUUCUAUCUGUUCAUGAAGGUAAUGAUGUGACCAAGUACUUUGUGAGCGGUGGCUUUACCAUCAUCCAUGCAAACUCUAUUGCCGAUAUUGCUGUUGUUGAGGCCACCCCGAUUGACCGCAUUGACCCGAAUUUGGUUCAAACGGGCCUUGCUUUGUACCAGCAGAAGCUAAGCUCUGCUACAACUGAAGUUGAGAAAGCUGAAGCUCAAAUUGGGGUCGAUGUACACAGUGCUCUCAAUGCUGCUCUUACUGCUUAAGGGACUAUACACAGGGUUGAUUUAAGUCUUGCAACAUAUCUAGUGUUUUUUCUUGUUUGGGGGUUUUUUUUUUUUGUUUGUUU